AACCGUUUCCAUGGCGGCGCGGACCCACGCGCCCCAACCACUCCGCAACGGCUGUAUCCAAGACGUCGACCCUGCGAGUCUCGGUCGUCCUCGAGAGUUUCAGCACCCUCACUUCAGCGUCGGCUGCUACCCAGGGUCAGCUGAAUCCUGCCUUCCCGCUCUCGGUCCCCGGCCACAACAUGGGCGACCUGGAGCUGCUACUGCCGGGGGAGGCUGCCGUGCUGGUGCGGGGGUUGCGCAGCUUCCCACUGCGCGAGAUCGGAUCCGGAGGAUGGAACCAGCAGCAUGAGAACUUGGAGAAGCUGAACAUGCAGGCCAUCCUUGAUGCUACAGCCAGCCAGGGCGAGCCCAUCCAGGAGCUGCUGGUCACCCAUGGGAAGAUCCCGACGCUAGUUGAGGAGCUGAUUGCAGUGGAGAUGUGGAAGCAGAAGGUGUUCCCUGUGCUGUGCAGACUGGAGGACUUCAAGCCCCAGAACACUUUUCCCAUAUACAUGGUGGUGCACCAUGAGGCCUCCAUCAUCAACCUUCUGGAGACAGUAUUCUUCCACAAGGAGGUGUGUGAGUCAGCAGAGGACGCUGUCUUGGACUUGAUAGACUACUGCCACCGAAAACUGACUCUACUGGUGGCCCGGAGUAGCCGUGGUGGCCCUCCUGAAGAGGAGGAGUGCCAGUCCAGCACCCCCAUGCAGCUUGAGCACCAUGUCGCCCCCCAGGAGCUGCAGAAGCAGGCAGAGCUGAUGGAGUUUGAGAUCGCAUCGAAGGCCCUCUCAGUGCUGCGCUACAUUACAGACUGUGUGGACAGCCUUUCCUUGAGCACCUUGAACCGCAUGCUCAGUACCCACGACUUGCCCUGUCUCCUGGUUGAACUGCUGGAGCACAAUCCGUGGAGCCGGCGGGAAGGAGGCAAGCUGCAGCAAUUUGAGGGUGGCCGUUGGCAGACAGUGGCCCCCUCAGAGCAGCAAAAGCUGAGCAAGUUGGAUGGGCAGGUGUGGAUUGCCCUGUACAACCUGCUACUGAGCCACGAAGCCCGGGCCCGCUACUGCUUCACCAGCUUUGCCAAGGGACAGCUACUCAAGCUUCAGGCCUUCCUCACAGACACACUGGUCGACCAGCUUCCGAACCUGGCAGGCCUGCAGGGCUUCCUGGCCCACCUGGCCCUGACUGAAACCCAGCCCCCUAAGAAGGACCUGGUGUUGGAACAGAUCCCAGAAAUCUGGGAGCGGCUAGAGAGAGAGAACAGAGGCAAGUGGCAGGCUAUUGCCAAGUACCAGCUGCGGCAUGUAUUCAGCCCCUCAGAGCAAGACCUGCGGCUGCAGGCACGAAGAUGGGCUGAGACCUACAGGCUGGACGUGCUAGAGGCAAUAGCUCCAGAGCGGCCCCGCUGUGCCUACUGCAGUGCAGAGGCCUCCAAACGCUGCUCGCGAUGCCAGAAUGAAUGGUAUUGCUGCAGAUUGCAAGUUCACCUGUCACUACCGUUGCCGCGCGCUCAUCAGCCUGGACUGCUGCGGGCCCCGGGACCUGGGCUGGGAACCUGCGCUGGAGCGGGACACCAACGUGUGUUAACGGUCGCGGCGCGAACCCAUAUCCCGGCGCACGCGCACACGCACCUGGGGCGGUGGUUGGAGGCUACCAGCGCACUGGGUUCAGGGAGCUGGCUGGCGGGCGCGGCGAUGGGCGAGGCGGAUGCGGGGACGCCUUCUUUCGAGAUGACCUGGAGCAGCACGACAAGCAGUGGCUACUGCAGCCAGGAGGACUCGGACUCGGAGCUUGAGCAGUACUUCACGGCGCGUACCUCGCUGGCACGCAGGCCGCGUCGGGACCAGGACGAGCCUGUGGAGUGGGAGACACCUGACCUUUCUCAGGCUGAGACUGAGCAGAAGAUCAAGGAGUACAAUAGCCAGAUCAACAGCAACCUCUUCAUGAGCCUGAACAAGGAUGGCUCCUACACAGGCUUCAUCAAGGUUCAACUGAAGCUGGUGCGCCCUGUCUCGGUGCCCUCCAGCAAGAAGCCACCCUCCUUGCAGGCUGCCCAGCGGGGCCCAGGACGGGGCACAGCUGUGAGGCGCCGCACCUCCUUCUACUUGCCCAAAGAUGCCGUCAAGCACCUGCAUGUGUUGUCACGCACACGGGCACGCGAGGUCAUUGAGGCCCUACUGCGCAAGUUCUUAGUGGUGGAUGACCCCCGCAAGUUUGCACUCUUUGAGCGGGCUGAACGCCAUGGCCAAGUGUACCUCCGGAAGCUAUCAGAUGAUGAGCAACCCCUGCGGCUGCGGCUCCUUGCAGGGCCCAGCGAGAAGGCCCUAAGCUUUGUCCUCAAAGAGAAUGAUUCUGGGGAGGUAAAUUGGGAUGCCUUUAGCAUGCCUGAGCUACACAACUUCUUGCGCAUCCUGCAGCGGGAGGAAGAGGAACACCUCCGCCAAAUCCUGCAAAAGUACUCCUAUUGCCGUCAGAAGAUCCAGGAGGCCCUGCACGCCUGCCCCCUGGGGUGACCUCUUGUACCCCUGGGUGAAAGGAGGAGAGUAGGCAGCGCCGAGGGCGUGCCGUGUGAGUGUGACAGGGCCCGUGUGGCCUGAAGAAUGAGUGUGCAUGGAGGCCCUCUCUUACUGGGGGAAUGAGCCCAGAGAACAGCAAAGGAGCUGGCCCCCUGUGUCCACCCACAGGUAUAGCAGAACAUGGCUCUGCAUUCUUCUGCCUUUUGUGUAGUGGGCCAUGGUGGGCCAGGGUUGCCCUGGGAAGCUGCUCUAGGCUUGCAGCAGGGAUAGAGCAGACAGAAGUCUCCUUAAUUCGUGUCUCAGAUACUAGAAUCUUGGAGACCCUACAAACAGAAUAGGUCAUGUUUUCAGGGAUGAGGGCCUUCAUCUAUGGGGAAAAGUCGUAUGUUUUGGGUCUUGGAUGGGGUGUCAGGACAGCCCUAUUGGAGCCAAGGGCAGGUGUUCGAGGUAAGACAGGCAUCGGGAAAGAGCCUAGGUUUUCCUCUGCAGUGGCCUCUGUCUCCUCACACACACUGGGGUCAGGAAAUGCUGGCUCAUGGUGCAGCAACAGUGCCUCAGUGCCUCCUCCAAGGAGGAUGUCCCUAGGCCAGGGUCUGUGUGAGUGUGGGCACUGGUCCAGGUCCGUGCCUUGUUUGCCAGUCAGAGCGAGGGUCCUUCCCUCAGUUAUUUUUGAUGAUGUGUGCGAAUGUAUGUAAUAUUUUGUGGCCUCAGCUGCAUGCCUCCUGUGGGGAAGGGGGUGGGGGUAACAGUCAUCAUCAGGGCCUGGGGCCUGAGAGAAGUGGCUGAAUAAAGAUUGAAGAAUUCUG